GGGGGUGGAGGGAGGGACUCGAGUAUCCAGAACAGCAGCAACUUCCUUCUUUCAUCACCUCCCCAAAGUGAAAAAAAAACCAAGGCAAUGACUAAAAGGGAAAAAAGCGACUAUAAGCUUGGCGGUAGCAAGAGGGUUAACGUAGAAGAGGAAAGGGAAUGGCCUCUGCACUGCCAUUCAUCCAAUCGGGAGGUACCUUCGCCACACUACUUCCGUUUGGCGUUCCGACGAAGGACUACAAUUCCCGAGGAAACGCUGAAGGUUUUUUUCUCCCUCCUUUCAUUUUCUUGCCGCCGCCGCCGAAGAACUCCAUCUCCCAGAAGUCAGUUCAGCGGUCGGCUGCGGAAGCUCACGUGCUGUUUGCUUGUCCUCCGAGAGACGACGCAGGUGCGGAGAAGCAGCAGCAGCUACAGCAGUAACGGGGUUCCGGGCGGGCGCCCAGGCAGCCAGCCUACAGCCAUGGCUAUCCUGUUCGCAGUUGUAGCCAGGGGCUCCACCAUCUUGGCCAAACACGCCUGGUGUGGAGGGAACUUCCUGGAAGUGACGGAGCAGAUCUUGGCCAAGAUACCCUCUGAGAACAACAAGCUCACCUAUUCACACGGAAAUUAUCUGUUUCACUACAUCUGCCAGGACCGGAUUAUAUAUCUCUGCAUCACUGAUGAUGAUUUUGAGCGUUCCAGAGCUUUCACGUUCCUGAAUGAAAUCAAGAAGCGGUUUCAGACCACCUAUGGCUCCCGUGCACAGACGGCCCUGCCAUAUGCCAUGAACAGCGAGUUUUCCAGUGUUCUGGCUGCACAGCUGAAAUUCCACUCUGAGAACAAGGGUCCUGACCAGGUGGUAGAGACGCAGGCCCAGGUGGACGAGCUCAAAGGGAUUAUGGUCCGCAAUAUAGAUCUGGUGGCCCAAAGGGGAGAAAAGCUGGAGUUGCUGAUAGACAAAACUGAAAAUCUGGUGGAUUCGUCUGUCACUUUCAAAACAACCUCCAGGAACCUGGCUAGAGCGAUGUGCAUGAAGAACCUCAAGCUCACCAUCAUAAUUGCCAUAGUAUCAAUUGUCAUAAUUUACAUCAUUGUGUCAGUUGCCUGUGGGGGGCUCUCAUGGCCAAGCUGUAAACGGAAGUAACUGUUGGACUAGUCAACUACAUGAGAGCACACGUGAGAAUUUCUGAAGGAACUACCCUCAUAAAACAGACUUGGACCUCCUUGCUCUUCAUCCUUCUAAGACACUCAGGUCUUUUUGCCUUAUCACCCCAAAAGGGCCUGUGUGGGGACCCCAAGCCCAGCUUCCGGAGAACACAUUACUUUCUUUUAAACUUAACAACUUGAAGGGAGUUUUGUUUUGUCUCCUAACUGCAGAGCUUCCCAAGAGGAAAGGAAGGUGGUUGCCAUUGGGAGGGUCUAAACAUACUUCUGUAUUAUCAUGCUUUGCACUUUACUGUCCUGAUACCUGGGUGGCGGGGGUGGGGGAGAGCCGAUGGUCAUUUAUCCUGUUCAUUUGGCCCUUGUGGGGGGUAAUGUGGGUGGGACCACUGAAGCCAAUGGGUUCCUGUUUUAUGUACCAUAGCCCAGAUGCAUGUGAUUGGCUCCUCCUACAAUUUCUUUCCUGGCGGUGCCUUUCCUGAACUCAUGUCAAGGCUGUGACUUGUCCUUGGAGGAGCCUCCUGUGGCCUCUGUUGGGCACAUUGGUGGGCUCUGCUUUGUGACUUGGGUGAUUGGUGAGUGUGUAAUGUUUUAAUGUUGCUGUAAUGUAUCUGCUCUUUGUAGUUUAUGUGUUUGGGGAGUCCUUUUCUCCUGCCUAGUCUGGAAUGUUUUCAGUCUGGAAAAGGUGCUCUGCUUGGACUUCACCUCCAGGGGGAGCAAGAGGGGCUAAGCAAGCCCUGCAGCAGUGCACUCUAGCAUAAGCAAAGCCCUGCGGCAGAGCAUUUGCUCAAUGCACAAGCUAGGUGGUUUGUCUGCUUAGUUCUGAAUGUGUGGGGAUGCUUAACUGAGUACGUGAGAUGACAGGCCAGAAAAUACCAUAGGGAUCUUCAGCUGCUGAUCUGUGGGUGAAUGUGGGGCUGGAGAGAAGCCUGAAGAGAACUAUUUAAGGCUUAUUUAAAAUUCUCAUGGAAGCUGCCCAUAAAAAACUCUUAUUUUUUUAAAGUUACUUCUGACAUGCCCUAAAUUGUAUGCAGGAUCUCAAUGCCAGUGUCAGCUAGUGACAGAUCAUGCAAUGCUAUAGAGAUGCAGAUGCAAUUGGAUGUGAUUUCAAAACUUUUGCACACUAUGUGGACACACUUGGAAGUGAUUUUUGUGGCCAACUCUGCCUGGGAGCUAAAGUUUCUAUGGGAGAUUGCACUAAAAACAAAGGGCUGCUGCUUGAAAUGUUGGCGGACAAGGAAAGAUGACAGCUAGUUCUCAGAGCAGCUGCUAUAGCUGUCCCCUGUUGGCUUUGCAGACUGAGCUGCUUCAGUCUUUUGUGUUGGGGAAAUGAGAGUACUGAUUUGUGCUGGUGACAGCACAGUUGUCAAGGUAGCCAUGUGCUACUUAAGUUCUGCUCCCAGCUUUAUAUACUGCUGAAGAACUGAUGCAACUUCUGAUGUGGUAAGACACUCAGCUUCCCCGUGCUAUUUUCAUUACCUAGUGGUAUGGUUCUUCUGUAAUGAGGUCAUUUGCAACACUGACACAAACAGGUUGUUGCUCUACAUCUUGCCCACUGUGCUGCAGAGCUUGGGGUAUCCUGAGCUUGUCCUUGUUUGCCAGGGUCUGCUGCAGGCCUUGUCCAAGGGCUCCCCCCUCAAUAUCUUUCCAGGCACAAGUCAAUGUUCAAUUAAUUGUGCAUGUUUUAGAAACUGUUAGUAGCAGCAGUUAAUUUUCUAUUAUUUUGAUUGCCUUUAUGUAAAACUGUAAAGAGAAACUGCUUCCUCCUGUUUUAAAAAUACACUGAUCCAUUAUUGUAAAAUAAAGUUAAUCUGUUUGAAUAAACUUAUUGUACAGACAAUUGA